GGCAGUUGCCAUAUGGCAGAUUUCAGAAAGACAGACAGAGUCUGUUUGUUUUUCAUUUCUUGUUGGAACGAACGAACAAACGAAUCUCACCAUUUUCUAAAUCUCUCUUUCUGUCUCUUUCCAACCCAAAAUUCAGACUCACAAAUCAUUGAUUCUUUCUUCAAUGCUGUUGUUUUUAGACAUCAUGUUCCUGUCCAAUCAUCAUAUUCCCCUGAAAGCUGGAAACUAAUGUCUGAAAAGUUAACAGGGGAUUGAUUCAUUAAUGGGCACUUUUCAGAGUUUUAGGAAAGCCUAUGGGGCGCUCAAGGACUCCACCAAGGUUGGCCUUGCCAAGGUCAACAGCGAAUUCAAGGAUUUGGACAUUGCCAUUGUUAAGGCUACCAAUCAUUUGGAAUGUCCUCCCAAGGAACGUCAUGUUAGGAAAAUUUUCUCUGCAACAUCAGUAAUACGUCCAAGGGCGGAUGUGGCAUACUGCAUCCAUGCAUUAGCAAAGAGAUUGUCCAAGACACGAAGUUGGAUUGUUGCCAUAAAGACAUUAAUAGUCAUUCAUAGGACAUUGAGAGAGGGUGAUCCUACCUUUAGAGAGGAGCUUGAGAACUACUCACGUAAAGGACAUAUUCUCCAAAUAUCCAAUUUUAAAGAUGAUACAAGUGCUCUCGCCUGGGAUUGCUCGGCAUGGGUUAGGACAUAUGCACUUUUUCUAGAGGAGCGACUUGAGUGUUUUAGGACCUUAAAGUAUGAUAUUGAGGCUGAAAGAUUGACAAAAUCAUCACCUUUAACAGACAAGGCACAUAGUAAAACUAGGCAUUUAGCUAGUAAUGAGCUGUUGGAGCAGCUACCUGCAUUGCAGCAGCUUCUUUACCGCCUUAUUGGUUGUCAGCCUGAAGGAGUAGCUUACAACAAUUAUCUGGUUCAGUAUGCCUUAGCCUUGGUAUUGAAAGAGAGCUUUAAAAUAUAUUGCUCCAUCAACGAUGGAAUUAUCAAUCUUGUUGAUAUGUUCUUUGAUAUGUCAAGACAUGAUGCAGUUAAAGCUCUUAAUGUCUAUAGUAGGGCUGGCCAACAGGCUGAAAAUCUUGCUGAGUUUUAUGAAUACUGCAAAGGCCUGGAUCUUGCCAGGAACUUUCAGUUUCCAACAUUGAGACAGCCCCCUCCAUCAUUUCUUGCAACAAUGGAAGAAUAUAUUAAAGAAGCGCCACAAACUGGAUCUAUGCAAAAGAGACUGGAGUAUCAAGGGAGAGAACAGCCCCUUACACCCAAAGAAAAAGAAACCCAAGAACUAGGAGAAGCUGAAAAGCAAGAAGAAGAAGUUGAGGAAAGUAAACCAUUGGUUGAUCCAGGGGAAGAAUCUGAGCCCAAGGAUGGAAUUGUUGAACCCCAGCUCUUAAUAUCAACUGAGGAGACUGAGGAUCUUCUUGGUUUGAAUGAACUAAAUGCAAAGGCUUCAGAACUAGUGGAAGGCAAUGCUUUGGCUCUUGCAAUAGUUCCAACUGGCAAUAGUUCAACGAUAAAUAAUGGUCUGAGUGACAUUAGUGGUGUGGGAUGGGAGCUAGCACUUGUUACAACACCAACCAACACUACCAGCCAAGUCAUAGAAAACAAGCUAGCUGGUGGCUUUAACAAGCUAUUGCUUGAUAGCUUGUAUGAAGACGAAACAGCUAGAAGGCAAAUACAGUUGACAAACGCAGGUUAUGGAUGUGGGGGAGGAGCGGCCAUUCCAAAUCCAUUUGAACAACAUGUUGAUCCAUUUGCAAUGUCCAACAGCAUAGCACCCCCGACGGAUGUACAAAUGGCCUCAUUAGCUCAGCAACAACAGCAAUACCAACAACAACAAUACAUGACACAGCAACAGCAGCAUAUGUUGAUGGGACCUUACCAAUGCCAACAGCUGUAUCCUCAGGAAUCUCAAUAUCCUCAACAGAUGCAAAUGCAACAGAUGGAUUCUGCUAAUCCAUUUGGAGAUCCAUUCCGCAACCUUCCAUCUCCAGGUUCAAUGCCACACCAACAGGGACAGCACCAUAUGCUACUCUAGAGUAGAGUUCAUACAUUCAUUUAUUCAGAUUUUCAUUUUAUAAUUUCAGUGAAAUAUCUUUUGAGUCUUUGGAGUAGGGGAAGUCAUUUUAUUU